AUGCUGAUAAGAAGAAACGAUUUCACAAAAACGAUUGAUAUAAGUCCUUCACAUAAUGGUGAGAAUUCAUUAGAUGAUCUUGGCUCAACCAAUAGUGAACCAAGUAUCCGCGCACCGUUGGGCUUAACAACAAAUCUGGAUACGAACGAACACUUCCACCAUGUCGAUUUUCCUAUCUGUUUUCCUCAUCCGUUGCAACAGCAACAACAACAACAUUACCAUCACCAUCACCAACAACCGUUGAAAUCUACAUCAGACCUGAUUGAUUCAUCAUCAACAACUAUUUUAAGAGAUUAUCAUUCACUUUAA